AUGCGCGAGCUUGGCGAUCAUGUAAGUUAUGAGGCGACAGCGACGACGAACCUAACAGAGGGCCGGGAAUCAUUGGGAGGGAUAAGUAUUCAUGAAAGCAUCAUCUCUGAGAGUAAGGUGGUUUCACCGAAUCCUAAAACUUACAUGCAAAUCAUGGAUAGGAAGCUGCGAUUUCUGUCGAGGGUUUUCCCAGAUGAAGAGUUUGAAAGAAAAAAACUCGCAAUUGUUAUUAUACAGAGUUUCUGGCGAGGAGCCGUUGACCGUCGUGAAUGCCGCCGACUCCAGUCAAUGGUACAUGAGACUACCAUCAGGCGUGAGGCCGCUGAGAUCAUUCAGCGUGCAUUCCGCAACCACUGUGCUACUCGAGAGUGCAUACGGAAAAAGAAGGAACUUAGAGCACAUCGAAUUGUUGUGCAGCGUGUGACGCUUAUUCAGCGUUAUCUGUAUCAGAAGAACAGCGUGGAAAAAACUGGGGGGAAAAAAGUCAUUUUAAUUAAACGAGCCAUUGCUGAAAUAUUGGAAGCACGUCGGAGAAACGCUGCUGCCAUUCGUUUACAGUCAUUUUGGCGUAUGUGCACUGUGUGGAUGUGGCUUCGUCGUGUUGUGGCAGCGACUAGGAAGAUUCAGUGUGUAUUGAGAGGGCACAGGGGAAGAGUCAGGGCGAGGGAGAGACGUGUCUACGUCCGCUUGGAGGAGCAGAAGCGGAUAGCCAGGCACACUAUGGCUGCUCGGCCCAUUCAAGCGUGGUGGAGAAAUGUGUUGUUGCUUCGUGCGUGCAAAGCCAUUUUGACGCGCAGACAACGCGAUGUCAUGGUGUACCUGGAAGAAAUAGAGGAAAAAUUUAAUGUAGAGUGGGAGCGCAUCAAGCACCUCCCCAACAUGGAGCUCUGCAUACUGAAAAUAUUGGCUGUGCUCCGAGGCUUCCACUGUCGUGUGGAAAUUGCAUGGCAACGGAAACGUAUGCACAUUCUUCGUCGCUUUUUUCUGCGCAUUGUAUGGAAAAAACGAGAACAACGACGCCUAAAGUGCCUACGGGAGGAGUGGCAGGGAUCUCGCAUGUUGCGGCGUCGGCGGGAGGAGGUGUUGGAUGCGGUUCUCCGUAUACAAUGUGCUGCUCGCCGUUGGUUGGCCUCUCGAGUACGAAGCGUUUUGUGGGCGGAGUUUCAGAGGAAGCAUCAUCAGGCCUGCGUUAUCCAGCGCACUUAUCGACGCCAUGUGGGUCGACGGUGGAUUCGGGCCCUAAAGGAGGAAGCGAGGCUUGAGGAGGAAAAGCGCAUGGUGGGUCAGAUAAUUCAUUACAGUGCCUCUAAGAUUCAAGCCACUUGGCGCAUGUAUAGUGAGAGGCGCUCCCAGGCGGAGUACCUGCGCUUUCUUCUUUGGGAACGCCAUAUCCUCUCGUCUCGCAUCCAAAGGGCCUGGCGUGCGCACAGGGCUCGUCUUCAAUCCCAUUGGCGGCGCCUUCACGAAGAAGAUACGCAUCGUCAUUUCCAAGAGAGACAGUAUCGGCUGAUGGCCGUGAUUCGCAUCCAGUCUGUUGUACGCAUGUUUCUUGCGCGUCAAAAACUGUUGCAUGCAGGAGUGAGGCUGCGACCCACCCCGGCGUUUUUGAAUUGGUGUGCACAGCGAAUACAGUGCGCGUGGCGCCGUUACGCCGCCUACGAGUAUGUGCAGCAGCUCCGUUUUUCACGUUCUUACUACGAUCAGCAGAAGAUAAAUAUGGAGUCGUUGUAUACUUAUGCGACAAUGAUCCAAUCUUUGGUGCGGGCUAAAAUUCUUAACGUGCGGCGUGUUGCGGCUCGUCUCCUCGAGGUGGAAAACGACGAUGAGGACCACAAAAGGAAGCGGGAGGCGGCGAUGCGAUCGUAUUACGCCGCCAUCACCACACAGCAGAAAGGGCGGCUUUCGGAGGAUUUUCUUAGGCCACAACCAGCGACGCCGACGUCAUCCGUGACGACGGAGGGAGUUGCAACUUCCCCAGUGGAUGCAGGGCCUGAGGACUCCAAGGAAGAUGGCGAGAGGCUGGCAGACGAGCUUGUGCAGCUGGUCCAGCGCUGUGGUCGUGGUGCCCUGGCGCGUCGCAACAUGUUUGCCGUGCUCUUUGACACUCCCCGAUGGAAGGCGGCCGUGGAUAUACAGCGUGUGUGGCGCGGCUACUGUUCGCGGCAGCUCGUGGAGGUGUACUAUGAAUUUUUUGUGGAGGAAGUGAGGACUGAAGGCGAUAGAAGCGAAAAGGGGGGAAGCGCGUAA